AUGGUGAAGCAGAAAGUGUGUCUUCUUCUGCUGGCCGUGUUGGCCUGUGCUCGGGCCGAGCAGUUCAAUGGAUACUUCUACCCGAAGCCGGACUGUGCCCUCCCCUCGACGGUCUACGUCACCCAGACGGAAACCGACUACCAGCGUUACACGGAAACCGUUACAGCGCCGGUGUACGGCGAUGAACAGACGGUUGUGUCGUCGGUCUACAUCACGUCCACCUACACAGCUACCGUACCCGUCUACCAGACGCUUACCAGUACGGCCACCUACACCGUAACACCACCGCUGCUGCCACCCAGCACGGUGUACAACACGGUCACGCUUCCGCCGGUAGUGUCGACGUACACUAGCACCGUAGUAACGGCAACGCCCGUCUACCAGACCGUUACGGACACGCGUACCGUUACACAGCCCCCGGUAACGCUUCCUCCGCAAGUCAUCUACUCGACCGUCCAGCUGCCACCGGUCACACGCACCGAAACCUCCGUCUACACCACGACCACACCCGUCAUCCAGACGGUCCAGGACUACCGCACCGUCACGCUGCCCCCAGUGACCCUCCCGGCGCAGACCAUCUACUCCACCGUCCAGCUGCCUCCAGUAACGCGCACUGAAACGAACGUCGUAACGCGCACCAGCACUGCCGUUAGCACAGUGCGCGAUACCGUAACGCUCCCUCCGGUAACGCUUCCUGCUCAGACCAUCUACUCCACCGUCCAGCUGCCACCGGUCACGCGCACCAGCACAUCCGUGUACACCACGGCCACCCCGGUCUACCAGACGGUCACCGAUACGCGCACCGUCACGCUCCCGGCCGUUCCACUGCCUCCCCAGACCAUCUACAGCACCGUUACGCUUCCGGCCGUAACGCGCACCGUCAGCUCCGUGUACACGCAGCCCGGUGGCGUGCAGACGGUCUACGUCACCGAAACGCAGGUGCAGCGCGACGAGCUACAGUAUCAGACGGUCUACAAGACGAGCACCGUCACGCUGCCCGCCGUCACCAAGACGUUCUGCGCCCCGACGUACCUGCCGCCCCAGAACACCCUGGCCACCUACCAACAGCAGCGCCGUUACACGAACGGACUCUUCUAG